AUGCCUUCGGGCGGGAAUUGGUGGACGGACGAGAAGGUAGACGAGACCAUAACGUCUGCUUAUGUUCAUUCGCACUUGCGGGCCAAUGAACAAGAAAUCUUGAAGCGUUCACUCUAUUUCGGAGGAGAUCUGACUGAUGACACUUACCUGGACUGGAUCCUCACCAAAGCAAAGCGGUUGUUUCUAAUUCUCGUCGCUACUGGCAUUCCAGAUCAGAUCUUCGGGGUCAUUGACGACUCUUUCGACGACGAUGACCUUCCUAUUGCCGAGGUGGCAGUCCCAGGUUUGCGACUUUCGCUAGAGGCCGACCCAGCCUUAGACAAGCGCUUUUAUAAAAAUCAAUUCAAGUACUUGGCACGAGUGCUUGAGGAUGGCGAGCAUAUUCGAUAUGCCGACGAAGAGACAGUCCCUGUUACUACCGUCGGCCUCAAACUCGCACUUCCUAUCAACAAAGAUGGUGUCGACACGGUGCGACUGCCGUCUGAACCUUCCGAAGUCUUCAUCAGAAGAAAGGUCAACAUUCGGUCCAUGUCCUCCGAAGAAUAUGUGUUGAAUGAGAUCGCAGAGAUGAAGAAGUUCUCUCACGAACAUACACUUUCCGUCUAUGCUUCGUAUCUUCAGAGCGACACUAUGUACAUAUUGUCCACUCCUGCCGGCGAAUAUACCCUCAAGUCUUUCCUCAUGGAUCAGCCCAAACCCUUCGAUGCCCUGUCCAAGUCCGACCGCCGGCAAAUAUUGGUUAACUGGCCUCACUGUCUCGCGAAUGCUACUGCUUGGCUGCAUGCCAAUGGCGGUCAUCACGGUGCUGUCCGACCAUCCAACAUCCACAUUACCAACACUUUCCAGAUCUGUCUUGGGCCUAUGGACGGUGAAGGCUUUCUAUGUAAUACCACAAAGUCCGACGACAUCGAAGCUUACCAGUAUGCUCCUCCCGAGAGGUGGAAGAGGGCCGUCACCGUCCAGAGUACUGGAUCAGGGAAAAUAUCACUCCCCUCUGGUAGCCGCUCCGGAAGAAAGGUGCAAAACGAGACCCUGGACCCCGCAGAUCCCAGCACGCGCAGGUCGGCUUCAACACUUGGAAGCCACGAGAAGCAAGAUGGGGCCUAUGCCUUCACAGCGGCCUCAAAGAGCGAGUACAGUCGUCUCCGACUCAGUAAUGCUCCGGGCGCUGGCAAGGCCACAGUGCCUAUUCAAAGGCAUACAAGGCGCAAUCCGGUUGACAUAAAUUCAGUGGACUCAUUCGGUCUGGGUCGAGGCAGGACUAUGGCCAGUAUGACUGAUAUUUCUGGAGACUCCAUUCGCGCUCCAUCCGUCUUAUCGUCCAUCAGCUCUGAGGGAAAGAGACGUGGCAGAUCUGGUUCCAAACAUCGUGGGCUCUUCGUCGCAGCUCCCGAGAGCAGAACUGCUGUUGUUCAGACAUGGCAAUCGGUUCAGCACGACUCUUUCGCAGCCGACGUGUUUUCGUUAGGUGCUGUCAUUAUGGACAUCCUGACAGUCCUGUGCAAACGGACAUUCAGCUCGUUCGCGCGACACCGCUCCAAGAACAACCGAAACGCUGGCCGAGGGGGAGGAUUGGCUGACGCGAGCUUUCACGCCAACCUUAGCCAAGUCAUGUCGUGGGCACAGAUAUUAGCUAAUGACGCAGAGAAGAAAGUCAAGAAGGACGAUAGCCGAGUUCUAGCCGCAGUCGGUGCCAUUCUACAGGUUGUGGUACAGUGCCUGGAAAGAAGCCCGGAAGCGCGCCUAAAGAGUGACAUCCUCGAGCGUCGACUUAACGACCACAUCAGAAAGUUUGCAUCCCUAGAUCCCCUGCAUUGUAUCUACGAAGGACCAGAGCCUGCACAACUUUCGAAACUACAACGCCAACGCUCUACAGAAGAGCCGAUGUUGAUGACUGAGCGUGUCGAUAAGCAGCCAAGUCGCAGUCGCCGCACACGAACCCCGAUCCCCGAGAUGGAUGAGACUGAAACGGUAGAUACUGCGAUGUCCCCACGGAGCCUUAUCACUAUGGGCCGACCAUCCACAUCACGGACAGCAGUAAGACCGGCAUCGCCUCCAGCCGUCUCACUCAACUCCAUGUCAUCUCUCCAUUUUGAUCUCGAUUCCAAAUCCCUGCGUUCCGACACGGUGGUCGCCCGCUCAGCAACGUCUCGCGAUCAGUCGAUCUAUAGCCCAUCCUCCGAACGCGGCAUAGACAGCUAUCCACCUAACAUUCAGAAGUGGCGCAUCCCUGAAGCAUCUUUCCAGAAACCCGAUCAGUACGAGCUAAACUACUCUAACGACAGCGCCGUGGACCCCCGCUUGACGCUUUCAUCAGAAGGCAGCGAGCGCGGCGGCGUUUUCACCUACAUGAACUACAGCACAAGCCCCUCGGAUGACGACAACGCUGACAUCUACCACUACCCACUACCGCCAUCUCAACCACCUCCCAAGAAGAAACUCCCCGCCAUCCCCACCAGACACGAGAUGCACACCGUGAAAAACAGUCAUGCCGCGCCAGCUCGAUCUCAGAAGGAGCCGUCAUCGGUCCAGCCUUCUCAGGCGGAGAUCGCGAUGCUUAAGGAGUUGAAUCUCUCCAAAGCGGGGCAGGGGACGCACCCUACGCGCGGAAGCAGCCUUGCGCGCGAGGAGAGGGCGAGGCGAGAUCAGGAGCAGGCUUAUUACUAUGAGGAUAAGUUGAGGGCCGCGAAACAGUACGCCAGGUCGCCGAUGGGCCGGCACAUUGCGGAGCAGGAGAGGGUGUACAGGCAUAGGAUCUAA